AUGGCGUUUUCCUCUUCUCCUUCAUCUUCCUCCAAUUUUAUGCAGUUCAUCUCGCCUCCUCCUCGUUCUUCUUCGAAGAAGUAUCCGAACGUGUUGAAGCUGCAGAAGAGCGUCGCUGGCAGUAGCAGCGGCAGCUCGUUUUCUCCGCGAUUCAGGUGCUCCGCUGGACAGACCGGAUUUUUCACCAGGCUAGGCCGGCUGAUAAAGGAGAAGGCGAAGAGCGACGUGGAGAAGAUUUUCUCCGGGUUCUCUAAAACCCGCGAGAACCUGGCCGUCGUCGACGAGCUACUCCUCUACUGGAAUCUGGCAGAAACCGACCGUGUCCUCGACGAGCUCGAAGAGGUCCGGACCGUCUACUCUGUCUCUAUGCUUUCUUCCCAUCCCAGUUUUUUCAUUCAUAUAUCAUCGCAAGUCCCACGGGGUUGUGCCUUUUGAUGGAUUUGUAAUUUCCAUCUUGGUUUACCGUUUCUUUCAGGCUUUGUUGGUAUCUGAUUUUGGGCCAAGAAUCUCCGGGAAGAUUGUAGAUAGCUUGCGAGAUGACAUACUUUCCGGAAAACUGAAAUCCGGAAGCGAAAUCAAGGUACAAUGUAGUUAAAAUAUCCUUUCGUCGCCAUUAUCCCCGUUCAGUUUGGUGUUAGUGAGAGUAUUUCGUAUAAUGCACAGGCUGGACUCGUGCAUUACUUUCUGCACAGUUUGAGAAGGAGAGGUUCAGUUAAUUAGAAAAAAAAUUGAGUAUUAAGAGGCAUUAAUCCUAAACGCGUCAACAUGCGUUGAGGAGGUUGGCUCGAUGAUACUAGUGAUUCUUUUCUUCGAUUUUUCCAGGAUGCAUUAAAGAAAAGUGUUCUUGACUUGCUGACCAGCAAAUCUGGGAAGACUGAACUUCAGUUGGGAUACAGGUAACAUCUCAUGUCUCUCUGGAUACCAAUUUUUUUGUGCAAGUAUUGUUUUCACUACUAUGAUUCAUUCUCAGGAAACCUGCUGUGAUCAUGGUUGUUGGCGUCAAUGGCGGCGGUAAAACGACAUCUUUAGGUAUGCUUUCUUGCAGAGGUUUGAAUUUCUUCGAGGUUGAGAAACCAAAACGAUUUCCAGAAAUGCCCAACCUGCUGUAUAUGGACCCAUUUAUGGUGGUAGCACUCCCUUCCUCACUACAAAUCAACCAUAAGAAAAUGCACAAGAGAAAAUGCCUUUCUUGACCAAAUGAUACUUUCUUUCUUGAGGUAGUAAGAAUGUUUGGCAUUUUCCAUUCAGAUUGCUAUCAAUGAUGAACCUGUGUUCCCUUCUCUCUUGUCUUUUUACUUGAAUCAGGUUUCUUGAUGAAGUAAUGAAACUUUUCUGCGAUAUAAUCAUAUUCAUUUGUUUUGUAUUGGCUCUCAAAGUUUCUGACUUCCUAUCAUGUAUUGUCUGCAGGAAAACUUGCAAAUAGGUUGAAGAAUGAAGGUGUAAAGGUGAACGACGAUGCAAAUUUCUUUUGUAGAGCAAAUGUAUUUAUUUUAAGAAAAAUAUAUUAAUACCAUGGCCAUGCGUUGUCUUCUGUAUAAAAACUAACAUUCUUCCACCAUUUGGUACUAUCUUUUGUGAUGUUGAAUUUCUCAUUAAUGUGAAGUAAUAAAGCAUAUUCUGCUUGAAAUUCAGUCACAAAAAGUUUCACUAUUAGUUAUCACAAGUCAAGACAUGAUGAACACACUUUAUUAUCGGUGCUUUGUACCUCCCUUGUAAACCACUGUCAUCAAUCAAGAUUGAUAGCAGUUACAACCCUAGAGGAGAUGAUGGAUGUGAGGAUUUUCAUUAAUCACCCGUUCUUAACACCCUCUGUGUUAGAAUUUUAUGUUUUACCCAUUUAAACUAGUUUAAUCGAUCAAGAUCAAUGGCAAGAACUAUCGUUGAUAAAGUACUUGUGAAGUUUCUCUCAACUAACUGCUUAGUGUAUCGUUGAUCUCAGUCGCCUUGUCCUUGGCCCCCUCUUCCUGACUGACCAGCUGCAUUUCCGACCAUUCCUCCAACCAUCUCGAGUUGGAGGGUUUGACGACAGCCGGAGGGAUGCAUGAAAUACGAUUCUUUCUUCUCCUAAACGAAUAAUACAGCCAGGUUCACAAAGAACCCACUCCAUUUUACUUGCAUAAUUUUACAACUGAGAGUUGCUAGAACCCUAUAGCGUAAGCAUCUCAUAUGAUGUAAAAUUUGGUUAAAAACCUAAUUUUGACUUGAUGGGACCAAUAUAUUAUUUGAAAAUGGUGGCAAGAAGGUAAAACUGCUGAAUUAAACUGUCAGAAAAUGACGCUCAAUCGAAUCUCCUUCUCAAUUUUAUAUCAGAAAAUGUUUCAAAAUGGUUCAAAAGAUCUAACCGUAAAGUCGGAACACCUGAAGGAAAACUGAAAGGGUGAUUCUUUUGAUCAAUGAUUAAAUCCGCUUCAUUCGGUUUGUGUUGUUUCUGAUUCAUAAUCUACAACAGAAACUGGGAAACUAAUGAGAUUAACUUUUGGUUUUCAAGACAUCUGUUUCUAUCUGCUUUAUCUCUUCACAUCUAAUAUUUUCCCGUCUUUAUAAUUAUGUGUGGAAACCUAUUUUCAUAAGAAAUUUUCGUUGCAUAUGUGGGAUGUACUAAGGUUGAUCGCACUUAUUGGUUGUCUUGUUGGGACGAGCGAAUCUGUACUUGUUAAAUGAGAAGAUACAUUCAAACUCUUUAAUCGGAUUUAUCUUUGUAGAAGAAGAGUUAUCGCAUUUUUCCUCUAAUAAUACUAUCCUCAGUCUAAUAGGCUUUGGAUGUGAAUAUGGUGGCUGAACCUGGAAUUGUUGCUGUGGCACUGAGCAUGAAAACCACACAGUAUUAAGUGGCCCUCACAAGUGUAUGCCAGGCGCAAACUAGAUUUGUUUACAAUGUCACUGUAGUGAACAUGCCAAAUGUUGCAUUUAAUGACGACGACGACAAGGAUGAUGAUACAUGUGAAUUAGGAUUUGUGUUCACAUUUUUUACGGGCAUAUUAUGCUAAGAUGUGAUCAUAUGUCCGAAAAGCCAUAUCAUCUUCUUAAGAAUCUCCCUGCCUCUCCACUUGGUUUCCUAGAUUUCUUUCAGUACAGGGGUUAGGCUUUUAUUUGAAUAUAAAUAACGAAGAAUAGUUUCCUAAUGCGUUUUUGCUUUUGUCAUUCAUGUGUACAUUUGAUGACAUGAUCCUUGUUUCACAUUGUUGGAUGCCCUGGCAGGGAUCCUUUGCAACAGCAUUUAAAACUUGGAUUCGAGGAAGUCUUAAUGUUACACAUUUUGAACAUCGUAAAUUGGUGUUUCUCACUUGACAAGAAACAUCAUACUGGCGGCUUAGUUGAGAUGCCUGUGUUAUUGCAAUCAAAAGAUGAGCAAUGUGAAUUUACCAAGUAAUAAAAGAUAAUAUUUUAUAGAAAAUUAGUGGCAGUAUUUUUCUUUGGAUGAAUAUUGGUUGUUCUUGAUACUGCAUUCUUGUUGAUGGAUCAUUAGGAGAAGCUAUCAUCUUGUGCCCAAAUGUUUAUUUGCUUAUAAUUGUGUAGUCCCUCUCUGGAAAAUUUCCAGGUAUUAAUGGCGGCGGGUGACACGUUUAGGGCGGCAGCUAGUGAUCAGCUGGAGGUGUGGGCCGAAAGAACUGGGUCAGAGAUUGUUGUGGCUCAGGGAGACAAGACCAAAGCAUCAUCAGGUACAUUUAUAGUCAGAACUGCCAGACUUUUUCAUACUUACCUUUUUUCCGAUUAUAGACGUCUCUUAAAAUUAAUGCGUAUGCUACAUAUUUGUUGCAUCUGCAGUUCUUUCGCAGGCUGUGAAAAGAGGGAAGGAGCAAGGAUAUGAUGUGGUCCUUUGUGAUACAUCAGGACGUAUGCAUUUAUGAAAUCAUGGCCUUCAUUUAUCCUUUUAUGGUCAGGACGGGUGCCCCUUAACUGUCGCUUGCAAAUUUUUCAGGUCUUCACACGAAUUUUAACCUGAUGGAGGAGUUGGUCGCUUGCAAGAAGGCUGUUGCCAAAGUCAUCUCCGGUGCUCCUAAUGUACUGUCAAUCAGUUUUUGUUCAUCACUCCAUAUUGAAUAAUUUUUUUGGCUUUAAAACCCGAUUUAUUGCUCGAUUUCAUUUAAUAAAAAAUCGAGUUUUAAACUCUCAAUGGUGCCCCCCACCAGGGGCCUCUUCCACAUGGGUUAAAUCCUGCUUUUUGGGCCUUUUAGCUUUUUUGUAAAAGCCUUUUUUCUGAAACGCUCUAUUUAUCUCCCAUUUGCUAGCAUGUAUUUCACAACUGUCUCUCGCAGGAAAAAUAUCUUGUGCUCUUUUUCUGCAAAAGAUCUCCGUGAUGUACUUUACUAUUUUCAUGUUAUGAGUUCUUGGUUGCUAGGUUUUAUUAAAUGAUCAUCUAGCCAGGCUUCCUAUGAGGUAGUGGCUAUUCACACAUUUAGAUGAAUUUGGGUCUUUUUUGGUGUUUUAAUGGACCAGGAUUAAGGGUCUCCAGCAGAGCCUUGAAUAAACAACCAAUCAGAAUUUCAUGAUCAUCACCCUCGUGACUGGAAUCUUCAUUCUGUAGUAACAUAUCCAUAACCGUUUGCUUGAUCUCUGAAUCCUACGGCAGAAAUACACUAAAACCCCUGCUGUCAGAUUUAGCAUACAUAAAAUCUUCAGAGUUUAUAAGUGGUAUAAAAAAAACUCCGGAAACCGAUAUGUUCCUGAGGGUAACGGAAGGAGGUGCUUCAUUGAAUCUUCUGCAUGACUCUUGGAACACUUGAAUUCUAAAUUAAUGGGAUACUUUCCCUUUUUUCAAGAUUUUUUUUUCUAUUUAUGGCGUUUUUGUGCUCCAUAACGGAUCACAUCCUCAUUUCCUGAUUUUAUAAAGUCGUACAACAUCCCCCAAACUCUUGCAGGAGAUAUUGCUGGUUCUGGAUGGAACAACCGGUUUGAAUAUGCUUCCACAGGCGAGAGAGUUCAAUGAAGUAAUUUUUCUUCCUUUUUUACUGUAUAGUCGUAUGUUCUUCUUAUUUUUCGUAUUUAAUUCAUGCGUGGAGGCAUCUAAAACCCUUUUUGUCUUCUGUUCCUUCAUCUAGAAACCUUGCACUCUCUUACAUCGAUCCCUUAUUUCCUAGUAUAUAGAUUGUGGAGAUGAUGAGGUCCUCUAGGUCGUACAUUAUUAUUCGUACAUUAUUAUAGUGGUAUACAUUUGCAUCAAGAACCUGCAUCUCUACAUGUUGUGUCAGCAGUUCUAAAGCUUUGAAAAAUUACCUGAGUAUCAUUUUAAUUUUCGAAUUCUAAUAUAACUCCUAUCGAAGUUAUCAGCCCACAGCGAAAGAUCUUCGAAAAUAUUAACCCCCCAUUAUUUAUAAACGUAUAAUUUAAUUCCUGUAAGAUUCUUCUCCGCCAAAAGAUGUUCUAAGCAGACAAAUUAUUAACCCUUAUUUAUGAUGACCUAUUAUGGCAAAAGUAUUAUUUCAUUCCUGUUAGGUCCUCCUCCGGGAGAGAUUUUCUGAAGAGAUAAGCUCAUGGCCCAUUUGUGACAGCCUAUUAUUUACAGAUGCAAAAGAUUUAGUUCAUGAGAGGUUCUUCUCCGGAAAGAUUUUCUGAACGCAUAAAUUACCAUGAACCCUAAAUCCUAAACCCUAUAUUAGUUAUUGUUAGAUUUUCCUCCGCUCAUGUUUACUAUCCAAAGGAUUAUAAAUUACUCGCUGUCAAGUUCUCAUCUGCACAUGUUCUUGUCCCUCUGCCUGAUCCUUUCAUUUGCAAAGCUUCUUUCUGGAUCUUGACCAGAUUAGAUAUCCAUGGGAUUUGUUUGAUGAGCAUGGUGAUGGAAUUGUAUGACAGGUGGUUGGCAUCACGGGUUUGAUCUUAACAAAGCUCGAUGGAUCCGCUCGCGGUGGCUGUGUGGUAUGCCCAAUUUUCCUCAUCUUUUCUGAUCUCUUGUUUGAUCUGAAUUGAUUUGAUUUCUUUUUUCUCUUAUUCACGAUCUUACAAGUGAAAAUGAUGAGUAUUUUUAGGAAACUAUAACUACCAGGAAUAUGAAGAUGUAUAUAUAUAUAUAUAUAAAUCUUUAUAUGGAUUAAAUCACUACAUGGGCGGCUGGGCAGGUGAGUGUGGUGGAAGAGCUUAGCAUUCCUGUGAAGUUUGUGGGCGUCGGCGAAGGGUUGGACGACCUCCAACCUUUUGACCCCGAGGCCUUCGUCGAAGCCAUCUUCUCCUGA